CAACCGGUUGGAACAGGGACCACAAUGUCACCAGCGGUUGGAACAGGGGCCACAGUUUUACAGCCAGUCAAAACAGGGACCACAGUAUCACCACCGGUUGGAACCGGGGCCACAGCGUCACAAGCGGUUGGAACUGGGACCACAGUAUCACAACCGGCUAGAACAGGGACUACAGCAUCGCAGGUGGUUAAUAAUGCGACCACAACACCGCAACCGGUUCAAACCGGGACCACAAUGCCACAAAUGGUUGCAACCGGAACCACAGUAUCGCAAGCGGUUGUAACAGAGUCCACAGCAUCACAAGCAGUUAGAACAGGGACCACAAUAUCACAAAUUGUUGGAACCGGGACCACAGCAUCACAAGCGGAUAGAACCGGGACCACAGUAUCACAACCGGUUGGGACCGGGACCACAGUGUCACAACCGGUUGGAACCGGGACCACGGUGUCAACGCAAACAGAUACCAGGUCUACCACAAGUGGUCCCAUUGGAACCAGGACUAUAACACAACUUCUAACUGGAUCCGCCAAUACCAGGCCAACGCAACCAACGAAAACCUCGACGGACUCAGACAAACUGACCACAAGUAGAAGCCUUCCGGACAACGUUCUGCCGUUUGUGGCGACUCUCGCUGGGCUGGCCUUCACACCAGCCUUGGCAAACCCCAACUCUCCAAGGCGGCAGGAACUAGAGCAACAGUUGAAAAACUCGUUCAUCAGCCUCCUCAACAACACCAUCUACAACGAUACCAUCGAAAACGUCACCAUCAAUGACGUAACAGGAGAGGUGGGAGAACCCGCCAGGGUCACGUACACCAUCCAUACACGUCACGGGUCAGGGGUCACCGGGGAAGAGUUGGAACAGGCCAUGCAGGCAGCUCAAGACAGCAGCCACCCUAACAUCAACUUACCAAGCGUAUGCUACCUGGGCGGGAGUGGACCAUGCGCAUCUACAACAACAGCAGCACCGAUGUCUACCAUUGGGCCAACCAAAACGUUCAACUUCCGUGUUGAGCUGGAAGGGCGGAACUUCUCUGACGCGCUGAACAACAAGUCUUCCCAGACUUUCACACAGGCCAGCACGCAACUUCUGGAGUCGCUCAAAUCAUACUUGAACAGCACUCCUCACGCGAACGUCAUCGAUGACGUCACGGUGAGGAGUUUCCAAGAUGGCGAUCCCAUGACGGCCAUCUUUACCGUGAAGACGACCCCAGGGUCACAGGUCACCGGAGGUCAGCUGGAAGAAGCACUGCGGGCUGCUAACAAGUUUGAUGAUCCACUGGACAUCGAUCUCCCCACAACGUAA